GCGGGCCUCUGGCGCAAGGGAGGUUGGUGGGCGGGUCGCGAAAGGUGGUCGUGGGCUCUGUGCAGACAAAGCCUCCGGUGCUCGCGUGGACGCCGCUGAGAAGCCGAGUGGGGAGGCCGCCAGCCCGCGUCCACGGCCCGGGAGAGCGCGCGGCGCCGCCACGCCAGACUCGCCGUGGAGUUCCGGGUCCCCGGGGGCGGCCGAGGACUCGGCGCGAGAGACUUCGGGGCUCACGCGCGCGCCGGGCGGAACCAGGAAGCGGGGCGCGCCCCCGGGCCUCCGCGCGCGCGCCCCCGUGGGCCCCGGCGGGAGGAGAGUCGGCGGCGGCCGGAGCCGUCACCCGGGCGGGGACCGAGCGCAGACGACUACGCGCGGCGGCCCGGCCGAGAGAGAGCGAGCGAGCGAGCGGGCCCGGAGCAGCCGCUGGCGCCCGAGGGGCCGAGCGAGCAGGUUGUAAGCAAUGGCGGUGUGGAUACAAGCCCAACAGCUACAAGGAGAUGCCCUUCACCAGAUGCAAGCGCUGUACGGCCAGCACUUCCCCAUUGAGGUGCGCCAUUACCUGUCCCAGUGGAUCGAAAGCCAGGCCUGGGACUCAAUAGAUCUUGAUAAUCCACAGGAGAACAUUAAGGCCACCCAGCUCCUGGAGGGCCUGGUGCAGGAGCUGCAGAAGAAGGCCGAGCACCAGGUGGGGGAAGAUGGCUUUCUCCUGAAGAUCAAGCUGGGCCACUAUGCCACCCAGCUACAGAACACGUACGACCGCUGCCCCAUGGAGCUGGUACGCUGCAUCCGGCACAUUCUGUACAACGAGCAGAGGCUGGUCCGGGAGGCCAACAACGGUAGUUCUCCAGCUGGAAGUCUUGCUGACGCCAUGUCCCAGAAGCACCUGCAAAUCAACCAGACAUUUGAGGAGCUGCGGCUGGUCACACAGGACACGGAGAACGAGCUGAAGAAACUGCAGCAGACUCAGGAGUACUUCAUCAUCCAGUACCAAGAGAGCCUGAGGAUCCAAGCUCAGUUUACUCAGCUGGCCCAGCUGAACCCCCAGGAGCGACUGAGCAGGGAAACGGCCCUGCAGCAGAAGCAGGUGUCCCUGGAGGCCUGGCUGCAGCGCGAGGCCCAGACCCUGCAGCAGUACCGCGUGGAGCUGGCUGAGAAGCAUCAGAAGACCCUGCAGCUGCUGCGGAAGCAGCAGACCAUCAUUCUGGACGAUGAGCUGAUCCAGUGGAAGCGGCGGCAGCAGCUGGCCGGCAAUGGUGGGCCCCCCGAGGGCAGCCUGGACGUGCUGCAGUCCUGGUGUGAGAAGCUGGCCGAGAUCAUCUGGCAGAACCGGCAGCAGAUCCGCCGAGCCGAGCACCUGUGCCAGCAGCUGCCCAUCCCCGGCCCUGUGGAGGAGAUGUUGGCCGAGGUCAAUGCUACCAUCACAGACAUCAUCUCAGCCCUGGUGACCAGCACCUUCAUCAUUGAGAAGCAGCCCCCUCAGGUCCUGAAGACCCAGACCAAGUUUGCAGCCACCGUGCGCCUGCUGGUGGGCGGGAAGCUGAACGUGCACAUGAACCCCCCGCAGGUGAAGGCCACCAUCAUCAGUGAGCAGCAGGCCAAGUCCCUGCUCAAGAACGAGAACACCCGCAACGAGUACAGCGGCGAGAUCCUCAACAACUGCUGUGUCAUGGAAUACCACCAAGCCACAGGCACCCUCAGUGCCCACUUCAGGAACAUGUCCCUGAAGCGCAUCAAGAGGUCUGACCGUCGUGGAGCAGAGUCUGUUACCGAAGAAAAAUUUACCAUCCUGUUCGAAUCACAGUUCAGUGUUGGUGGAAAUGAACUGGUUUUUCAAGUCAAGACCCUGUCGCUCCCUGUGGUGGUGAUUGUGCACGGCAGCCAGGACAACAACGCGACAGCCACCGUUCUUUGGGACAAUGCUUUCGCGGAGCCUGGCAGGGUGCCAUUCGCUGUGCCCGACAAAGUACUGUGGCCGCAGCUGUGCGAGGCCCUCAACAUGAAGUUCAAGGCUGAGGUACAGAGCAACCGGGGCCUGACCAAGGAGAACCUGGUGUUCCUGGCGCAGAAGCUCUUCAACAGCAGCAGCAGCCACCUGGAGGACUACAGCAGCAUGUCCGUGUCCUGGUCCCAGUUCAACAGGGAGAACUUGCCAGGACGGAAUUACACCUUCUGGCAGUGGUUUGACGGAGUGAUGGAAGUGCUAAAAAAGCAUCUCAAGCCUCACUGGAAUGAUGGGGCAAUUUUGGGCUUCGUAAACAAGCAGCAGGCCCAUGACCUGCUCAUCAACAAGCCUGACGGGACCUUCCUCCUGAGGUUCAGUGACUCAGAAAUCGGCGGCAUCACCAUCGCCUGGAAGUUCGAUUCCCAGGAAAGAAUGUUUUGGAAUCUGAUGCCGUUUACCACCAGAGAUUUCUCCAUCCGGUCCCUGGCUGACCGACUGGGAGACUUGAGUUACCUUAUAUAUGUGUUUCCUGAUCGACCAAAAGAUGAAGUGUACUCCAAGUAUUACACACCGGUUCCUUGCGAGCCUGCCACUGCCAAGGCCGUGGACGGGUACGUGAAGCCACAGAUCAAGCAAGUGGUCCCUGAGUUUGUGAAUGCAUCUGGAGAGGCAGGGGCCAACGCCACCUACAUGGACCAGGCCCCCUCCCCGGCUGUGUGUCCCCAGACACAUUACAACAUGUACCCCCAGAACCCGGACUCCGUCCUUGACACUGAUGGCGACUUUGACCUGGAAGACACAAUGGAUGUGGCACGCCGAGUAGAGGAACUGCUGGGCCGCCCCAUGGACAGCCAGUGGAUUCCUCACGCACAGUCGUGACCCAGCCCAGCUCUGUGGUCAGCAGCUCCGUGGUCUUUGCCGGAGGAGCUCCUAUCGUGGAUGCGUGACUUCCAUGAACCGCUUCUCUUUGGAAACAAUGCUCAUAAUGUGAAGUGUCCGUCCUCGCUUGUGACUUCGUGUUUCUGUGCACGUGGCACCAGUGGUGGGCGUGUGAGUGCGUGUGUGCGUGUGCACGUGUGCACGUUGCCGUGUGCUUCUGCUCCAUGCCGCCAGCCCAGGGGCUGUGCUUGUUCCUGCCCCUCGCAGAGGAAGGCGGUCUCAGCCAUGGGUCUUAAAGGUGGCGGAGCUCCAACCAGGGCCACAACUGGAGAGGGCCCCUCUUCUCCGCCGGGCCUCCACCACUGUCCGCCAAGCUCCUGCUGCCUCACCAAGGCUGGAGGCAGCAUGGGGAAGGGGGCCUGGCGGCGGCUUUUUGCUUAGCCACCUGAUGUCCUGUCUUGGUCCUUUCUCCUCCUGCCCCCUGCCUCCCUCUCUGUCUCUGGAAAGCCAUGCAGUUCCUGUGUGUGUCCACACAAAGGAAAUGGAGGAAAGCAAGUCGCGUGACAGAGCCGACGCUGGGAGGUCUUCAGUGUCAUGGCCAGGGUGGUCGGCAUGGCCCUGACCCCCAGGUGCUGAGUCCCAGGGCAGCGGCCCUUCUGCUCAGUCUGUCCUUCCGUAUCUUCCUUAAGGCUUAGUCACAGUGGCUCUGGGGCAAUGUUGAAUGGCAUUUUUUUAAAUUGUUUUGUUCUGUUUUGUUUUGUUUCUAAAUUGGGUCUUUUUGGUUCCCCCUUCCCACCAAGUUGGACAGCAGGGUUCUUCCUUCCUGUGACAGGCUGGAGGAGCAGGCUGGGAGCAAGGCCUGACCAGGACCCACCUGUGGAGCAAGUACUCCCGCUGCUGCAGGCCACUGGGUACCAGGUGGAGGGAACCUGGGGGAAGUACAGUCAGCAGAUCUGCUUGGAAGUUUAGUGAACUAUUAAAACCAAAUCAAAAAAGAAAAGAAAGGAAAAAAAACACCCUUAGCAGCAUCUUGUCCUGUGGUCUCCUCCAAAGCAUGGCGCCAGAGGGCAGGACUGGAUAGAUGGGCAGUGGGGCGGGAGGAGCAGGUGCAACUUUCGGUUGAGGCCUAAAAGGUCCCCUGGGGCACCUUCUCCAGAUGAGCCUGAGCACCCCUAGAGAGGAUGUCCCUAAAAGCCUUAUUUUUAUACAUGUGAGUAAAUAAACAGAUAUUUUUUUUUU